UUUAGCAUGACUGGGUAAUCGGUAAUCUUUCAGUAAACGCACGCAUUUUCAUUUUUACAUCACACUUCAAAACCUAAAGGCAAAACCCCAUCCGAUUGACAGAAACAAAAUAAAAAAAAAUAUAUUGAGAAACAAAAUUAGAAAACACACUCCAACCAUACAUAAUAUAUUAUACAGUUUUAGUAAACCAGAGCAACUUUUGGCCCAAGUUUAAAUUAAUUGUUUUCGUUACCAUUACCGAAGGACCAUCUCUCUAUAUAACAUCUACCACAUAACCAUAUAUCCAUUGCCAAGGAAUGCAUCAGAGCAUCUGGAGUGCGCCGCAGGUGGGUGGUUCUGGUGGCGCUUUGAAGGCUUUGGCCAGGAAUGUGGCCAAUCAUCUGAAGCUGAACCGCUGCAAUAUGAAGCGAGUGGUGGCCCAGGUGGUCGCCGAGCACCAUACCCUCGGGGAGGUGGCCGACUACAAGGGUCACAUGUACUUCGCCAAGCCGGAUCGCUUGAAUUUUCAUGAGCUGAUUGCCCAGUCCAAGGAGGCCUUCGAUGAUCUAUUGCUCCACGAACCGCGAUCCCUGAAAAAGCAAGCAAUCAAACAGCGUUCAAAGUAUCCAGCCAAUCCCAACGUUAAACUGCAGAUGAAAGUGUCACCACCGCAAUUGGCAGCGCCACCCAAGAAACAAUCAAUUAUCAAAAAGGCCGGUCUGCCGGUCAAAAAGCAAUCGAGACCAAAAAUACGGAGUCGCAAGAAGAGCUCCACCACCAUUUUUCAGCUGGCGGAUGCAGGUCGUCGCAGUUUGAACGGCGUCAUCAUCGACGAAACCCACUUGCCCCAGGUUGGUGAGCAACGGGAGAUCCUGUUGCAUGUGCCACCCUCGCUAGUCAAGCGAUCUCGAAAGCGUCUACGUUCUAUUCAGAUUAAGGAUACAGCGGAGAAAUGCCCACCGCAGAAAGCGGCAAAGGAAACCGAUCUGCAGAAGACAGAACCACCAAAGGAUGGCGGCAAAAUCAACGAGGAGAAGGUUCCUCCAGUACCAAAGCGACAGCCGGAGAAGAAACGGUGCCAGGAGCAGAAACAGAAGCCUCGGCCAGUGAAGAAAGUGCAGGAAAUCCAACAGAAAGAGCUCAUUCGCUCACCUUCUCGCCUUCGAGCGGGGUCACCUUCUCACCAACGAUCGGGGUCACCUUCGGCGCCACAAACCCGACGGUCUCCCUCGCCAGUUCGCUUGCAAAAAGUGUCGCCUGUGCAGAAAACGAUGCAAUCACUACGCACGAAAAGAUCCCACAAGACCAUAAAUGUGAAGAGUCAAGUCUGGAAUCAACGCAUAAAGGCGGGAGCCACAAAAGUUGCAACUGCCAAGCCAGCAGCGGAAAAGGCGGAAAAAGUGGAGAAAAACAAAUCCAGAUCGAAGCUAAGAACACUCAAGAAAAAUCCGCAAAGAAGCUACGAAAAACCGUGGAUAGUUAAGCGCUCGAAAAAGGCACGUUUGCUGGGUGGAUCGCAAUUGAAACUAAAGAAAACGCCACAGCGCUCGAACAAUAACGAUGCGAAAGGAAAGGAAAAGUCAGCUAACAAAGGAAAAGUCGAGCAAUCAGCAGCAAGGAGCAACAAGGUGCAGACAGUGCGAAACUCUGGCCAGCUGAAAGCCAAAAGAUCAACGCAUGUGGGUCGCCAAAUGCGAAAGGUGAACUUCCCAUGGUAUACGCCCUAUCAAUUUCAAGGUGCCGCCGGUGCAACGCAAAUACCAAAUGCCGGAGUCGGCAUACCGCCGUGUCAAUUGCUAAAGGAAAAGAGUCGCAAACUGAUACAAAGACUGGCUGUUAACCAGCCAGUUUCGCCAAUGAAACGUCCCAACAUGACCAGUCGCCAGAGGCACAAUCUCCGGAUGCAGGAGCGUCUGAUCAGAGAUUUGCAGCGGGAGGAGGCCAUCGAUGAUCCACUGAGCAAUGGAUCGGGCGUGUUUCGUCGAUCCCGCGGUGGAUGGCAGAGGACUCAGCAAGGCAAGGAGCAAGCCAAGAAGGAGCAGAAUCAGAAGAAUCAGCAGAAUCAAAAGGAUCAGCAGAAUCAAAAGGAUCAACAGAAUCAGCAGAAUCAAAAGGAUCAACAGAAUCAGCAGAAUCAAAAAGAUGAACAGAAUCAACAGAAUCUGAAGAAUCAACAGAAUCUGAAGAAUCAACAGAAUCUGAAGAAUCAACAGAAUCAGAAGAAUCAGCAGAAUCAAAAGGAUCAACAGAAUCAACAGAAUCAACAGAAUCUGAAGAAUCAAAAGAAUCUGAAGAAUCAACAGGAUCAGCAGGAUCAUCGUUCUGUGGAGCGCGUGAGCUCGCGAAUCAAGCGUUUGCCAACGGGCAGACGCUAUCGCCAGCCCAUCGCCACCAGCGAGCGGAUCAUGAUCCCCAGCAUCCCACCGCCGCCACCGAAGCUCAAUAAUAAUACUAAUAAUACUACUGAUAAUACUACUAGUAAGGCCAAUGAUAAUACUACUACUAGUAAUCCCAAUCGAUCGAAGUCUCCAAGUCGUGCCAACGCAAUGCCACGGGUCCGUCGACGUAACCGCUCCGUGCCGGUGGACAGCAGUCUGGGUAGCAUCGCCCUGAUGGGUCAGCCGGUGCAAUCGAAGCAAGCUCUAACUCCGGCCAAACGUCAUCUGACCAUUGCAUUCAUGAACAAGCGUUCCGAACGAGCCAAUGCAGCCAUUCAGCCCUGGAAGUAGCACUUUAGCACGAAGCUGGACUAACUAUUGAUUCUGUUUAUUUAUCGGAGCUAAUAAAUUAUCAAGUUGGAAUGCCAAUUGAAUGGCGUGGUUCCCACCAUGUUGAAUAUGCUUUAUAAACACCGCGUUUUUAUUCAAAAACCUUUGGGGAAUAAAAUCUAUCUGAAACUGAAA